AUGCCAAAGUCUCCACCCGUCACGAUGCUCAACGCCCUCAAGCUCAGCGAGCUUCUGAACAAGAACACCCACCCAUCCCUCUACCCCCGCCUCUUCGUAAUGUCCCCCAACGGCACCCUCAUGGCCUACACCACCCCCAUCGACAUCCGCGACCUUCGCGACCAAGCCGCUCUCAUCUCCAUGGCCUGGAAAGACCACGUCUCUAAGCUUGCGGAAUCUUCUCCAGACGCGCGCCCGGAAUUGGAGACCCUGACGAUUGAAACGGCUAACAACAACAUUAUCGCGCGCGCUAUUCAACCUUCCCUGCUCCUGGUUCUCGUCGGCGGCGUGCCUCCCUCCCGCAAGGACGUGUUCAAGAUCACGCCUGAGGCGAAGGGCGAGGCGCGGUACCCUCCUCUGGACGCCGGUGAUGAUGGGGCAGAGCCGGUGAUCGGAAGCGGGAAGGCAGCGAGUGUGCUGAGUACGAUGAGCAGCCGGGAGAAAGACGUCAAGGGAGGUGCACUGCACAUCCAAAGGAAGAAGAUAGACGCAUUGACCGACUAUCUUCGCGCGGAUUUCGAGAAGAAGGGAUUUGUCAUGCCGGAUGACGCGGGCUUUUCGUGA